AUGACGACCUCACUCCCCCAAGAACCAAUCUGCCUCCUCCGCCGCCUAAAAGGCCUCUCCACUCUCUCAACAUCCUCCGCCCCUUCAAAGAAGUCUUACUCUUCCAUCAAGAGCAUCCCGCGCACAUCCCUCUCCCGUCUCGCAGCAGCGGCAGUCUCUCCAGACUCAUCCAGCAAUGAUGGAUCCUCCACCGCCACCACUACCGUCGAAGCAGCUGCAGCAGCAGAACAGACAUCAGUCCUCUACCUAGCCUACGGCUCCAACCUAAGCGCGGAAACCUUCCUAGGCGCCCGCGGCAUCCGCCCAAUCUCCCAAGUAAACGUCUCCGCCCCAGGCCUAUCCCUCGUCUUCGACCUCCCCGGCCUACCCUACACGGAACCCUGCUUCGCCAACUCGGCGCCUCGAAAGAUCCCCAACCUCCCGGACCCGAGCGAUCCACCAAAGCUCCCGCCGGUGCCGCCCCUACCACCUCCGUCCGCCGAGUUGAAACAGACCAAAAGGAAGAACAACACCGUACCGACGACACCAGACCUGGGCUGGGACAAGGGCCUCUUUGGCGUAGUCUACGAAGUCACACCCCAAGACUACGCCACAAUCGUCGCGACAGAAGGAGGCGGCUCCUCCUACAAGGACAUCCUCACCCCCUGCAUCCCGCUCCCGCCCCGCGUCUCCGUCCCCGAGAAGCCGCCCAUCGAUAUCCCCCGCCCGUUCCUCGCCCACACGCUCUUUUCCCCGUCCAUCCCGGACGCCGAGCCCGAGGAGCCUGACAAUAUCACUCCGGUCUACCACAACUACCACAACACCAACGACGGCGGCGACGGCGACGACGACGACAAAACCCCAACAGACCCCCGCAAAAAAUGGUACUACCGCUUCCUCCGUCCCACCCGCCGCCCCGAUCCAACCUACGCGCAACCGUCCCCCCGGUAUCUGAACCUCAUCACCUCCGGCGCGGCAGAGCACGAGCUCCCCGACGACUACCAGCGCUGGCUCAACUCCCUCGUUCCCUACACCCCGACCUCGUCGCGACAGAAACUCGGCCAGUGGCUGCUCAAGGCGCUCUUCCUCCCCGUGUUGUUGGUGUUUUUCGCGCUGAAUAAAAAGGUGGCGAAUAAGGAGGGGAAAGUGCCCGUCUGGCUGGGUGUCACGUUGGGGGUUGUGUUUAAUUUGCUUUGGAUGGUGUAUGAUGCUGUGUUGAGGCCUGUUUUUGGGGAUGGGGAGAGGACGCAGGAGAAAGAUGGUGAUGAGAAGAAGGGGAUCUAA